ACACCAGCUGAGGCUCAAGAGAGUAAAUUCAUUCAUGAUGAGGUUUUGACCUUUUGCCAUUUGAUGCCAUUCAGAGCCUCCUCUGUGCCAUUCAGAAGGAGUAAUUAACAAAUGAAGAAUGAAAUAAACUAUGUGUCCUUUGCUCAACUAUAUCAAUGGCCCAUCUGUCUUUUUUGUUUCUCCAACUCAUAACCAUUAAAGAUUUCAGGUUCUUACCCACAUAAUCAAUAGUUUGCAAUUGGGCAUAUCACCAUUACAGUCAUUAACAACUGUAGUGGGGAAGUUUUGGAGCCAUGGAGGCUUGGAUCAAAUUGCAAACUAUAGAGGGAGAUUAUAACUCUUGGAUUGGAAUCUUGGGUGUGUUCCUUAUUAAAGUUACCCCAAAAAGCACUCCAUCUAAAGAGUCCUUUCAGGAAUUUUACCGAACAUUUGAAGUGCAUAAUUACAAAGGAUGAUAUGGACCCCUCGCCUGCCUUGCCUGCCUUAAAAGCUCCUUCUCGUGUUUCCACCCAGAACAGAAGAGGGCCACCCCCUUCAGUUUAUUAGUAGAUUCUAGUUCUCCUCUCCUUCUGCAACUCUCUCCCUCUCUCUAGCUCUCUCACGUUCUCACACACGCCUCUAUUCCUUUCCAAUCAGUAAACAAAAGAGUCAUCAAUCACUACUGCAAUCAAAUCAUCCCAAACCAUCAAAUGCGUCGUCUAGCACCACUCUCUGAAGAACCCAUCAAUGAAGACGACGCGAAGAACAGCUCAAAGAAAGGUCAGGCAUGGAGAAAUUGGCUCAAGAACCCGUUCCCACUCUUCUUCAACAAGAAGUCCGAUCUCAAAAUCCUUUUGAGUGUUCUGGGUUGCCCUCUCUCCCCUGUUUCUGUUCCCCCAACACAAUCCAUCAACGACGUGGAAUCGUCGGCACAAUAUAUAAUCCAGCACUUCACUGCGGCAACUGGGUGCAGGAAAAUAGAGGGGACAGUGAAGAGCAUCUAUGUAGUAGGGAAAGUGAGGAUGUCGAUGGCAGAGGAGCUAGCAUCUCCCUCGCAUGUCGCUGCAACUCCAGCCACUGGAGUUUCACAGAGGGGAUGUUUUGUUGUCUGGCAGAUGUUCCCUGAUAAGUGGUUGGUAGAAUUGGUCGUUGGUGGCCACAAGGUCGUCGCCGGUAGUGACGGCAAUGUGGCCUGGAGACACACUCCUUGGCUCGGCGCUCACACCGCCAAGGGCGGCGUUCGCCCUCUCCGCCGCGUACUUCAGGGGCUUGAUCCUUUAACAAUGGCAGCUUUGUUCUCUUCUGCCCAGUACAUAGGGGAGAAGCCAAUGGCUGGAGAAGAUUGUUUCAUGUUGAAAUUGGCAGCAGAUGAUGUUGCCUUGACUGAGAGAAGUGAUAGCACAGCAGAGAUCAUUAAACAUGUUAUCUUUGGUUACUUUAGCCAAAGAAGUGGUUUGCUAGUGUAUCUAGAGGACUCUUUCUUGACAAGGAUUCAGUCACCAGGUUCACAACCUACUUAUUGGGAGACCACAAUGGGAUCAAGAAUGGAAGAUUAUAGAGCUGUGGAUGGUGUGAUGAUAGCUCACUCAGGUCACUCUACUGUAAGCUUAGUAAGGUUUGGAAACAAUGUGAAGUUGGGUCCUAUAAUUACAAGGCUGGAAGAGACAUGGACGAUCGACGAUGUCGUCUUCAAUGUACAUGGUCUCUCCAUGGAUUGCUUCAUCCCGCCAGAAGAAGUCCGGCAAGGCUAUCCAAAUGAGAAGCUUGAUUGGAAAUCGCCGUUACAUCGGUGCUGACAAGCAUCACCUGCUCAACAAGUUCCUGUAACUGCAAUGUGAUAUUAAGAGUUUCAGAAAACAAAGAAACCAAUUGGAAGAGGAUAACCCUUCCAAUUAAAUCUCUGUAAUUAUUCAUGGUCACUCUUCCAAUUAAAUCUCUGUAAAUAUGCAAUAAGUGACCAUGAAAUCUCUGUUUUCAUCUUCCUUUCUGUGAAUCUCUCUACUGUUCUAUGUAUAUGUCUUUUUGACUCUCAAGUCUCAAUUGAUGUUAUAGUAUGCUAUAAUAUCCUUGACUUGUAUCCAUUUUUAGAGCCAAUUAAAUGUAUAUGUUUUGUCUUUUA